CCCCUAGUGGAGAAAAAAACCCGCCCCUCGUGAUGUUGAAGCUGCUGCUCAAUCACUGGCAGGACUCGCACCACAAGGCCAGAGUGCAGAGUGAAGAUCCCCUCCUGUGCACAGACCUGGCAAAGACGAGGCCCAACGAAGAGUUCUCCGUGUCCCGUGUGAAUCCAGUCUUCGUCGACUCAAGCGCAGAAGCGUCCCCAAACUUUCGCCUGAAAAGAUCUGAGGUGCCAAACAGUGAAGUGGCCGCGAGUCCGUCGCCUCAGGUGCAAGAGUCCAGCGACCAACAAGCGGUGCCAGUUGAGACCCCGAAAGAGGACACUCCAUCUAGCGAUGAUGCGAUGAACCUGACUUCAUUGGAUUCGUCAACGGAACCCAAAAGCAUAAUCGAAGAUCAAGCUUCUGACAGCGGGAGGGAGUCUGGCAGCAGUCCAUCGGGGACAACCCCUGUAGAAGGAGGUACGACGAAACGACCCCUUGUUGAGCUGAAACAGUGGGAGCGUGACGUCUGUUCCCCCUCACUUCUCACACAAGAGAAGAUCAGCCUCAUUGAGAAAGUCAUUGCUCAAAGAUUCAGUAAGCAGCUCCCCGAAUCAUCCUUUCUGCAUCCACGCAAAGAGGAAAAAGUAGAACAAGAGACAACAAAAGGUCAGAUCACUGAAAAACCUGACGAGACCAAGGGCGAGUUACCAGAAACAACAGCUGGUAAGCUUGUGGAAACGAAAGAAAAGCUUGAGGAAACGAAGGAAAAACUUGAGGAACCGAAGGAAAAGCCAUCCGAAAAGGCGUCAGCUGGAGACCUCAACACAGCGACCGGCGGCACUUCACGCAUUCCGCCUAUCGACGGUCAGUGCAGUGAUUCCAACGUAGUCUCUGAAGCGGAAGCAAACCAAGAGCACACGGAGGUAAUCGCUGAAACCAUGUCGCCGCCAGUCCUGAGACGUGACGAGAGCAGCGGUUCAGAGACGGUCUCAAAAACCACGGGUAGCGAAGCGCAGGCGUUGGACAGGACGACUUCUGAAGACAGCGGGAUAACCAGAGGAGACCAGGUCCACUCAGAUGACGCAUUAUCAGACACUGCUCCCAAAGUUACGUCAACCAGGUCGGACUCAUCUGAUCACUCUGCCGACUCGAAGGCGAAAAAGCGAUCCGCUUUGCACGUGAAAGCCGCAAGGAGCCACCGUCACCACAGGUCAGGGAACAAGUUGCGAUGCAGCUUCUGCAUGAGGGACGCUAAACGGAACCACGUGAAGAAGUCGAAGCACAGAAGCAUCGCUGUUCCCGAGAUUGUGUCAAGUUCAGGGUCCCUAACGGAUCUGGCCUUUGAACACCCGUGGUUGAGUGACGGCUGUAUGGGCUGUCGAUCUUCCGUGAGCUGCAUGGAAAGGGACUAUCCGUACGAAGAGUUCUGCAAUGCUGUCCACAGGCAUUCCCAGGGACAUAUGCCAAUGUUCAACUACGACAGUUGCUGUUCUUCAGUGCAUGGUCACGGCAACUGCUGGCCAGAGCCGCCAAGGUCCCGUUUCUCCUGGACUGGCGGUGAAGAUUCAACGCCUUGCACCUGCAGGAGAUCCCAACCCCAUUAUUCUUCCAAGCGCAAAGUGAAGUUUGCACAGCGUACGCCGUCCCAAAGGACUGAGCAAGAGGAGGAGAAGACUGACGAGCGCACGACUGAUCACGAGGACAGCGCGAAAGAAUCCGAUAAACCUCCGAGCGACGUGAAAAUUGAUGCGAACAACGUCAAGGCCAACGACCAUGUCCUGAUGGAAGGCGGCAUGUUGGACGGCGGUGUGGUCCCCUGGCACGAGUGGCAACUGUACAUGCGACAGAAGGACCUCCAGUCUAAGCGCAAGAGGGCGCUCUGCAUGGGUGUUAUAGCCCUCUCUAUCGUCGUCUUCGUCGGUGUGUCUGUUUCACUAGCUCUAGCUUUCCUCAGGAGAAAAUUCUAAGGUUUCUCUCAUGUUAUUUAUCGAGUGAUGUUUAGCCAAAACGGAAGACGCUGCUCAGCUGGAUCAGCCAACCCAGGCAGAAAUUUGAGCUGGAAUCCGAGUGGAUCCACUCGUUUUCAAAUUAAUCCACUUGGGGUUUCAGCUCAAAUUUCUGCCUGAAAAGGCAUAGAAUGUUUGACGGGUUUACGACUGGACUGCCGUGGCCGCUAUGCGUGACACGUUCUCAGAGGCGCGUCACGUGCAGGCUUGCACGUGCUGCCUUCCAUUGAUAUACACCGCCAAAGUCGUUCUCGUGUGUAUCACGCUUUUCUCGGUAUGAUUUUUGUGCGGGUGAGUGUUACCGCUUCCACUGGCCACUCCCCGAGUCUUACAAAAUGUGGCGCGACAUGAAUUCAUUCCUGCACCUCAUUUUUGUUGAACCACCGUAAGACUAAUCGACUGUUGUUGCUACAUAGCAGGAACGUAACCAAGUUUCCUUCCCGCGAAAGGGGCAACAAUACGCGUCGAUUAGUGGCAUUGUUAUUAAAGCCCGCUGGCCAUACCGUUCCACAGUAUAAUAGGUCAGAGAAAUGGUUUGCGGAAGUUGCGCAGUGGUGGUCCUACUUACGGAAGAGGUAACUUCGCCGCCUAAAGAUAGACGAAGGAUGGAUGGAAGGAAGGAUUCACCAUCCCACACCGUCUCAGAUGUUCCAGAGUAUCUCAAACACAUACGCUGCCAUCAUGGGGGACCUCUAAUGCCUGAUCUGAAUACACGUGCUCAUUCUGCGCUCAAGUGGACCCGCGAGGCCCUUGUAAAAAAAAAAAGAAAGACAAUUUCCUGCUUUUGUGCUCUGUUUCUCAACACUGUGGCGUUCUGCUUUGCAGAAAUUCGCGGUGACCAGUGUUCCGCAAGCUUACUGGAAAUUCCGAGACGCUCUCUAAUCGGGAACGUAGUUCAUCGGACAUGUAUAUCUGGAAGCUGAAGAAAACAAAAGGACAUGCUUACGGGAUUUGCGCGUACGGACGUCGUGAGACGAAUACUAUCGUAAGCGAGUCUGGGGCGACCGGCGUUUUAAAUGAGUUUACCGACCUCACCUGACCCUGCAGACCACAAAACCGCCAUGUUGAGCGCUGUACCAUCGCGGUCGUUAUUGAUGUUAGGACGCACAACGCUUUACGGUGUUUAUGUAUAGGACUUAAGAGAUGCUGUGUAUUUCUUAUGAAGCCUACAUAACAGUUUUGAGCAACAGUAGCCGUCAGGCACAAUGUCUGUUUCUAUCACGGGACAUUGUCCCGGACUUCAGACAUCGUUUUUACGUUCCUCCUAGACCGCUUUCCUCCACGUGCGUUCCCUAAGACUUGAUUGGUUGAUUGAUUGAUUGAUUGACUGAAAAGAAAAAAAAUGAGAUAUUAGGCUUCUCCGUGUCGAACUGCCCGCUUGUCUAGUAGACUAUGAAAGGUUGGGGUCUUAGUACUAUUGCCCAAGUAACUCUAGGAAGUCACGCAUAGCGGCAUGGAACGGCACAGUCCAGAUACCUUAAAAUGCAGGAUAGUUUCGUUUUCUCCUGUGCUGUCCUUGGUUGUUAGUAGUAUCACCGCUGCAUGCGAUUAGAUAUAAAUUUAGAUACUCUGUUUUAUGACUUGUAAUAAUAAUAAUAAUAAGUCGAGGCUUUACGUCGCGAGGCAACUGCGAUCAUGAGCGCGGCGCCACAGUGGUCGGGUCUGUGGAUCAUUUUUGCCCUCCUCAGGGUUCUUUAACGUGCGCCGAAAUCACGUCACACCACAUUUAACGUUCCUCGCGGAAGGCGGCGUGUCUGAGCAACUUGUACCCUUCCACCAAGAUGCCACUGUCAUCGGCCGGGUUUAACCUCGCGAUCUUGGGAUCAGCAGGUUGGACUCGCUACCGAGUAAGCCUAUUCCAUUGUCGAAUUCGAAUGAUUUUGAAAACUAUCGACUGUUUUCCCGCGUUCCGUUCCACCCAUAAAUAUUACGAAGUCGUCUCCACCAGGUGACUUUAGCCUGACCUAUCUUCGACCCUCUUACGUACGCCGUAACAUCAGCAUCUUUUCCAACUCUUUCUCAGAGAAUAUUCGUGGUGUUGCUUAGGGGGGCAACAUUGGUAUCCCACGGUAUCUUUGGCAACAUGGACUGGGGAGUUCUUUGGAGACUCCCCAAUAAUAAUAAAAGAAAAUUCCAAGUCGGCAGGACAGCAAAGCUACAACGCCGGUCUGAAAGAGGAAUGCCUCUAUACAUGUUCACUCAUGACGUGCCAAUUUGUUCUCGUUCUCUUUCUCUUAUUAUUAUUAUUUGUACUGUAUUUGUAUUUCGGAUGUGACAGUGACUUAUUAUGUUCUGACAGUUUACGUGACGGGCUGCUUGUGUGGGAUGCAUGUACCCUUGUAACGGUAUGCUUUUCUGAUACUUUGUAAAUAUUACCGUGUACUUGACUGUGGAUGGGCAUGCCGUGAUUAAAGAGACUAUUUAUCCUCUUCCUA